AUGCCCAAGAUGGAUAAAGCCAUACAGGUCUCAAGAAGUGCACCUUCUCUUCUGCUGCCCACUCAUGAUAGCCAAGAUGGGGGAGGAAUGGAGUACACAGGCAGCUUCCGUUCACUGCAUGGAGCAACUGCAGCACAAGGCACCACCGUGAAGCCAGUCUCAUAUGACGUCCAGUCACAGCAUGGGAUUCACACAGUGGACACCGGAGGCGCAACUACGGCUCUACAUGAACUAGGAGCUCGUCCUAAACAGAAAUCCAGGAUUCCGAACCCAAGCCUGAGGAGCAGUGGAAGGGAAAGGAGGAUUCCGGCACAUUUCAAAGACUAUGAGGUCAGUCUGUUGCCAAAACAAUAUGACGCACAUUCCCAGUCUGAUAUUGCGGAGUCACUGUCUGAUGGAAGCACAUUUUCUAAACGCAGUCGGAGACCAAUGGAUGCGUUAAAAGAAUCCCUUGACCAAUCAGAGCUGGCCCAGGUGGAGGAGAGGCUCAGACACAUGGAGUUGGAUGAACUCCAUCGUCAGCAGCAAGAGGAAGAAAAGGCUGAGGAGUGUCUACGCCGCAUGGAUACACAGGCCAGAGAAGCUUCCAUGGCCCGUGAGAAUUUAUCUAACAGUUUGACUCGAGCCAGACGCAUACGCCAGGCAGAGAGAGAUUAUGAGGAGGCAAGGAUGGUGUCCCAGCUUCUGAAAUAUCCUAGUCCUAUGCUUCGGUCCAGCACCAAUCUACGACCAGAGAGCGCCAUGUUAGCGUCGGGACUCAGUCUGCAUGAAGCGCCUCAGCCUGUCCGUCUCCAGCCUCCUGCGCCUCAGCCUGCGCCUCAGCCUGCGCCUCAGCCUGCGCCUCAGCCUGCGCCUCAGCCUGCGCCUCAGCCUGCGCCUCAGCCUGCGGCUCCGCUCCAGCCGCCGGCUCCGCUCCAGCCGCCGGCUCCGCUCCAGCCGCCGGCUCCGCUCCAGCCUAGUCCAGAAGCAGACAUGGCCCCCACUCCCUCAGCUUCAUCUCUGUCCCAUUCUGUCCCAUCAGCUCCUCCGAUACAAGUCCCUGUAAAUGCUGGUUAUUCCCCAAAUAUGACUGAACUGUUGAUAGCAACGACCUACGGCAUCCCAAAGCCGCAGCUCCCUCGAUUUGACACCGGCAAGGAAAGUGACUUUUUGUUAUUAAAGAUGGCCUUUGACAGCUUACUCGGGAACCACCCUCAUUUAUCCGAGCAGUAUAAGUACCAGAUCCUACUUGAGAGACUCAAGCAUCCGCCUGCUUACCAACUGGCCAGAGCUCACAUUCAUCAUCCUCAGCCAUACACCUCAGCCAUGCAUGCAUUGACUUCACAAUACGGGCAGCCACGUCACUUGAUACAGAGUGAGAUAGCGCGCAUUCUCAACUCUGCGUCUGUUAAAGCAAAUGAUGUGGCUGCGUUCGAAGAGUUUGCUCUGGCUGUACAGUCUCUGGUCGGACUACUUAUCUCGAUAGAAGGAAGGGAUGGUACAGAAGUUAAAGCUCGUGCUCGCCGCUUGUCUCACAACACAACUUUUGCUGCUGAGUGGGACAGGAGGGAGGUACGAAACAAUCCCAAACCUCCACCACGGGAGUUUGCUAGGCCAGCUACCAUGUAUUUGUCAACCGAGACAAAGGCGGCUCCCAGGCAGAAUGUUUCCCUCAACCCUGUGGAGAAGCAUCCAAAGAAGGCAAAAUUCCAACCCUAUUGUCCUUUCUGUAACACUCAUGAACACUUUCUCAAUGGUUGCCAGAAGUUUGCCAAGCUGACUGUGGAGGAGAGGCGCUCUUGGAUCCGUGAAAACAGACGCUGUUGGAAGUGCUGUAGAACUCACCCUCCGGAGGCUUGUACACUGAAGAGGCCAUGCGGAGUGUGCAGCCAGCUUCACUUGACAAUUCUGCACGACACUUUGACUCCCGCCGGCCAGUCGUGUCUCAUGGUGAGCAUGCCCAAUCUUGACCGUCCAAAUCGUUCUGCACGUGUCAUUCUCAAAGUGGUUCCUGUUGUUCUUCAUAAUGGUGACUUCCAUUUUGAGUCUUAUGCCAUCUUGGAUGACGGGAGCUGUCCACGGAUAAAACUGCUGAUGCACUGA